AUGUGUUAUAGAAUCCCGGUGAAGAUGAAGUUUGAGAACAUCCUGGAGGAAAUCGACGGUUUUGGGUCUUUCCAGCUCAUCACCAUCGUCCUGCUGUGCGCCCCACGGAUAGUUCUGCCGUGUCAUUUCCUAUUGAAUAACUUCAUUGCAGCGUCUCCUCCUCACCACUGUGACAUCAGCAGCCUGGGUGAUGGGGGACUCUUCAGAAAUCUAAGUGAGGAGCAGAGACUGACCGUCAGCCUUCCUGUACGAGACGAUGGCCCAGAAUCCUGUGAGAUGUUUGCAGAGCCUCAGUUUCAGCUCUUAGCCAACAGCUCCAACCGCACAGGGCUGCGGACCGUUCACUGUCGGAGCGGGUGGGUUUAUGACAACUCCACCUUCACUUCCACCCUGGCAACAGAGUGGAACCUUGUGUGUGAGAGGAGAAGCUUGACACAAACCACAGGAACAAUCUUCUUCCUUGGAGUGAUGAUCGGGGGCAUAGCUUUUGGAUUCUUCUCUGAUAAGUACGGGAGGAAAAACACUCUCCUGGCGUCCUACAUCAUGGCCACCGUGUUUGGCUUCUGCAGCGCGUUUGCAAACUCCUACGUUGUGUUUGCAGUUCUCAGGUUUCUCACUGGGUUCGGACUGACAGGAAUCAGCAUCAUUGCAAUCGUUCUCAGCAUUGAGUGGGUGGACACAGAUCAUCGGUCAUUCAUCGGUGUGAUUGGCAGCCUGUCCUGGUCUGUAGGUAACAUGCUGCUGGCUGGAUUAGCCUUCCUGGUAAAUGACUGGCGGUCACUGAUCAUGACUGUCACAGCCCCGCUGGGCUUUGCAAUCUUGACUUGGUGGUGGAUUCCUGAGUCUGCCCGCUGGCUUUUAGCGCACGGUAAAGUGGAAAAGGCCAAGUUUUAUCUUGACAGAUGUGCCAAGCUCAACAAAAGACAUAAACUGUCUCCCAAAUUAAAACUGGAGACGCUCUCCACCAUAGAAAGGCAGGACACAAACUACACGUACCUCGACCUCAUCAAGACCCCAAAGAUGAGGCGGUUAACUCUCCUGAUGGGGAUUGUGUGGUAUGGAGUUGCCUCGACGUAUUAUGGAAUCAGCCUGAACAUCAGUGGAUUAGGUUUAAACAUGUACCUCACACACUUCAUCUAUGCUGCCAUUGAAGUCCCCGCCAAGCUGAUGGUCUUUUGCUUUCUCAACAUCAUCGGACGGAGGAAGUGCCAAGCAGGCACGCUGUUACUGACGGGAACCUGCAUCGCCAUCAACAUCUUCUUACCACAAGAUCUGUGGCAUGUGCGUAUUGUUAUUGCCAUUCUUGGGAAAGGUCUGUCAGAAGCGUCCUUCACGACUGUCUUCCUCUACACCACCGAGCUUUACCCCACAGUCGUCAGACAAAACGGUCUGGGCUACACCAUCUUCGUGAGUCGUCUGGGAGUGUCCGUGGCUCCGCUCAUCCUGCUGCUGGAGGACGUGUGGACUCUUCUCCCGCAGGUCAUCAUCUGCUCGGUGGCCAUUGUUUCUGGCCUGGUGGCUCUGCUGCUUCCAGAGACCCUGAAGGAGAAGCUGCCAGAGACGAUUGAAGACAUUGAAAAGCCAAAGUUGUUAAAUAACACACGAAAGCCACGAUGUGGAAAUGUUUUGGCACCAUCUGGUGGUAGUGUUGAGGUUGACACAAAGUGACUUUUUCUCCUAAAACAAUAAUUACAAAAC